AUGAAUACAAAAGCUUCAAAUGGUACGUUGCAUGAGUUAUCAUCAAAGAGUUUUAACCGCUCAUCUAAUGGGCUAAUUUUUGCAGAAGAUAUCAAAACGGUGUAUUCUUUAUUAUUGAUUUGUCUAGAUCUGAAAGAUACAACUCAAGAAUCUAAGAAGUUGUUUGGGGGGUUCUCUAAAACUUAUCCUUAUUCAUUCAGCCUAGCCCAGGCAUUCGAGAAAAUGAAUAAAUUGGAACUAAAAGUAGAUAUGAACACUACAUGUAUCAGUGUCUCUUACUCAAUUAAGCCAGAAUUAGCUCAUUAUCUUCUCAAGAUAUUUAUGUCUGCCAAACUUUUGCAUACGCCUGCAGAUCGGACAAGAAGUGAGCCAAAAGAUAAAGUUCUUUUACAACCUACAGCCAAAGGUGUCUGUAUUCUACAAAAGUAUGUUAGAGACGUUGGAUUAAAGAAAAUCCCGUCUAUACUAAAAUCCGAAUUUAAUUCUACAAAACUAUUUAUUUUUGAAAGAAACUCGGUUUCAGAUGCAAUAGUUCAUAGUGAAUACUUAAUUAAUAUUUUAUUUGCAAGAAUAAUGGGACCUGAGCCACAUAUUUGGUCUCCGAAUGUUGUGAAUGAAAAACUACCUACUUUAGCAGAGUUAUUAGAAUACACAAAUGAUAAAUUCACCUUUGAAAAUAUAGUUUUUAAGGGUGAUUCUCAUUUUGAAGAUUCUUUAAUGCCUCUAGAAUUAGAGAAAUCUUGGAUUGAAGAAAUACCAGAUUCUUUAUUAAAUAAUGAAUCACGAAUCUCUCCAUUUGCACAUCGCUUUUUUACUAACCCUGACUCAGAUGCUCAUAUUCAAUAUUAUAUUUCUUAUAAUGGUGUGAGAAUAUGCCAUUUGAAAGUUUUUGAGUAUGAUACAAAAUCUACGACUGUAGAAUAUUCGUUUACCUCUAAAGCUCUCUGGCAAUGGUUAAUGGAUUGUACAGAUAUCAUUUACCCGAAAGAAGCGGCAUCUAUAGUCACCAUGUUUUUGGAACAAUGUUUAAUUGUUCCUAUUCGAAACAACAUAAAUGAACAAAAACGAUUUACAAUUAGUCGCUCACAGUAUUGUACUUUUUCAAGAAAAGGAUUAGAGCUUAUUCAAUGGAAAAAUAAAGUAAAUAUAAAAAAUAUUUCAGAAAAUACAAUAUUAUCACAAUCUGAGGUUAACUACUCUCGAACUAAUUCAUCAGAUAGCAGCAGUUGCAGUUCUGUUAAGCUUUCUGAUGAUAACACUUCCUUUAAUCUAUUAAUGGAUAAAACAGCCGUUCCUAAUAAAGAAAAAUUUGACAAAAACCCAUCCCUAAAAAGUAUACUAAAAGAUCCAGGAAUGCGAUAUUUGUUUAGAAGACAUUUAACUAAUGAAUUUUGUGUGGAAAAUUUAGAUGCCUAUAUUGAAAUUCGAAAAUUUUUAAAACAAAUGGCUCUAUUGAAGAAGAUUAUUGAUUCCAAAAAUAAUAAAUUGAAAAGAAAAGUUGGAAGAGGUGGUCAAUCAGGUAAUAAUAUUAUUACCACUAUUGAAUCUGCAUUAGGUAAGCAAGCAAAUCAAUGCUUAGAGAUGGGGUACCAUCUGUACUCAUUGUUCAUCAUGAUUGGUGCGCCUUACCAAAUUAACAUCGGUCACACUUUAAGAGAAUCUAUUACUUGUAUAUUAUUGCAUCCAAAAUCUCCACUCUCUGCAACACUUUCUAAUGACAUGAGUAAUUUAUACAUUUUCAAAUCUAUUGAUGCUGACUUAAAAAAAACAAUAAAUUCAGUAGAUAUUACUGAACCACCAAAAGAAAAAACAAUAUUGUCACCUAACAAAUUCAAUAAACAAUUUUGUCCUAAAAGAGAUGUAAGGCCUAAACCGCUUAACUUAAGUGAUGAAGAUAACACCAUUGAUCUAGCUUCAUCAACAAAUCGUAGCAUUCAUAUAAAGACGGAAAAUAAUAAUUUAUCAAAUACUCUAAUGAUAUUAAAGAGGCUAUAUCCAUUGUUAGACUCUGUUGGUAAAUAUACUUAUCAUUUGAUGAAAAUUGAUUCAUUACAAAAAUUUAUAGAUUCCGACAUUUAUAAAGAAGCCUCAAAUCUAAGAAAUGACUACACUUGCAUACAUUAA